CAAUAUUGUAAGUGACACAAUCAUGCCCAUGAAAUUCUUUAAAUUUAUGUGAAAUUGAAAUUGAUAAACGUCAGAAAGAACCCACGAUAAUGUUUGUAAUGACACUAAUGCAUGUAAAAAUUGGCGGUAAGUUUGAAAUGUAACAACUAAUAGAUAAAACAUUGUGCAUAAAAAUAGACUUUUUUAAAUGUUCCUCAAUAUAAAAGGCUAAAACACUGAAAUCAUUGUUUUAUUUUAACGUAGGCUAUUUACAAAUCGUGUACUUACAGGAUGUCUGCUGUCAGUUGUUGUAGAGAGACGAGCGCAGGGGGCGCGCCGGAGCACAAUGACUGACUGACUGUCUGACUGACUGACUGCACACGUACAGUAUUUAACACGAUCUGGUCUGCUGCUCCUGCUAUUUACGGCAAAUUCGUAGCACCUUUGCACUCAGGAUACUUUUCCACAGUCCCACGAGUGAAUCUUUGAUCUUUUUCCGGCGAGGAAACAUCACUUGUGUCUAAAAUUUAGUGGACGCGCACAGAUGGCAGGAGCACAGCCCGGAGUUCACGCGCUCAAGCUCAAACCCGCUUCUGUGCCCGAGAGCCUGAAAUCUGGCAGCAAAUUUAUGAAAUGGGAUGAUGACAGUUCCACAGUAACCCCUGUGACACUGCGCGUGGACCCUCAAGGCUUCUUCUUGUACUGGACGGACCAGAACAAGGAAACAGACUUAUUGGAUAUUUUUUUAAUCAAAGAUACAAGAAAUGGAAGACAUGCCAAGACACCAAAGGAAGUGAAGCUACGAGAACUUUUGGAUGUGGGGGACCUGGAUGGAGACUUGGAGAACAAAAUGCUGACAGUGGUCAGUGGUACUGACAUGGUUAACAUUACUUACUUCAACUUUCUGGCCUUCAGUGAAGAGGUAGCAAAGGAGUGGACUGAGGAGCUUUUUAGCUUGGCUUCAAACCUGCUUGCUCAGAACAUGUCCAGAGAAUCAUGUCUGGAGAAAGUUUACACAAGAUUGAUGUUGCAGCUAACUCCCGAGGGUGGCAUUCCUGUAAAGAAUAUUUUCCGGGCGUUUUGUGCAGACAGGAAGCGAGUUGAAAGCGCUCUGGAAAUCUGCGGGCUGCCAACAGGAAGAAAUGACUCAAUUUCUCGAGAUACAUUUACACCUGACAUAUAUCGACGUCUUCUCAACAGCAUAUGUCCGCGAAACGAUAUUGACACAAUCUUCUCAGAAACCGGUGCCAAAAGCCGGCCAUACCUCACUGUUGAGCAGAUGAGAGAUUUCAUCAACAACAAACAGAGAGACCCUCGACUCAAUGAGAUCCUGUACCCGCCCCUCAAAGCCGAGCAAGUGCAGGGAUUGGUGGAGAAAUAUGAGCCUGACAGCAUGCUUUUGCAAAGAGGGCAGAUUUCUGUUGAGGGCUUCGCCAGAUAUCUUAGCGGAGAGGAGAACAGAAUUGUACCUCUAGAGAAACUGGACCAGAGUGAAGACAUGACACUCCCGCUCUCGCAUUACUUUAUCAACUCAUCACACAACACCUACCUCACAGCGGGUCAGUUGGCAGGAAACUCGUCUGUGGAGAUGUACCGUCAGGUCCUGCUGUCUGGCUGUCGGUGUAUAGAGCUUGAUUGUUGGAAGGGGCGGACGGCCGAUGAAGAGCCCGUCAUUACCCACGGCUUCACCAUGACAUCUGAGAUCUCCUUCAAGGACGUGAUAGAAGCCAUCGGGGAAAGCGCCUUCAAGACCUCCCAGUUUCCCAUUAUUCUGUCUUUUGAGAACCAUGUGGACUCUCUCAAGCAGCAGGCAAAGAUGGCCGAGUAUUGCAAAUCAAUAUUUGGUGAUGCUCUGCUCACAGAAGCGCUAGAGAAGUACCCUCUGGAGGCCGGCGUUCCUCUACCCAGCCCUGCUGAACUAAUAGGCAAAAUUCUCAUCAAGAACAAAAAGAAUUCACAUAAAGGUGAAGGAAGCUCAAAGAAAAAACUGUCCGAGCAGAUGUCCAACACGUCCAGCGAUACGUCCAGCUCGUAUGGGCCUUCAUCCCCCUGUGCAGUGUCAACACUUCAGGAUCCACCUGACAGCGUUCCUGCAGACGGGAACCAGACAGGAGAAGGAAAAUGCCAGGAAUGUGAGUCCAUGGAUAAAACCUCAGGAGUUUGGUUGGCUGAUGAGAAAGGUGAACCGGACGCAGAGAGUGACGACAACGAUGAAAGUAAAAAGUCUAUCGACGAGGGGACGGCUGUAAAUGAAGUAUUUCCCACAGAGGAGAUGUCCAACUUAGUCAACUAUCUUCAGCCUGUCAAAUUCAACUCCUUUGAGACAAGCAAAAAAAUUGAUCGAAGUUAUGAAAUGUCGUCGUUUGUUGAGACCAAAGCUCUGGAUCUGCUCAAGGAAUUGCCUGUGGAGUUUGUCGACUAUCUUUUUUUGCUCUUAUACAAUAAAUUACAGCUGAGCAGAAUUUAUCCUAAAGGAACUCGAGUGGACUCCUCUAACUACAUGCCUCAGGUCUUCUGGAACGCCGGAUGUCAGCUGGUUGCUUUGAACUUUCAGACCAUGGAUCUUCCCAUGCAGUUGAAUCUUGGAAUAUUUGAGUACAAUGGAAAAUGUGGCUAUCGAAUAAAGCCUGAGUUUAUGCGAAGAACAGACAAAAGCUUCGACCCUUUCACACAGGGUACAGUGGAUGGGAUCGUAGCUCACACACUGUCGGUAAAGAUUAUAUCCGGUCAGUUCCUUUCUGACAAAAGAGUUGGUGUUUAUGCAGAGGUGGAGAUGUUCGGCCUGCCAGUGGACACCAAACGGAAAGCGUUUAAGACCAAGACGUCACAGACAAAUGCGGUUAACCCAGUUUGGGAUGAAGAUCCAGUAGUCUUCAAAAAAGUUGUGCUUCCAACAUUGGCUUCAUUAAGGAUAGCUGUGUAUGAAGACAAUGGAAAAUUUAUUGGUCAUCGCAUAAUUCCAGUCUGCGCCAUCCGACCGGGAUAUCACUAUGUCAGCCUGAGGAACGAGAGGAACCAAAGUCUCACAUUGUCUUCUGUCUUCAUCUAUACUGAAGUCAAAGAUUAUGUCCCAGACACCUUUGCAGAUGUAAUCGAGGCCCUGUCCAAUCCCAUCCUGUAUGUCAGUCUGAUGGAACAGAGAGCCAAUCAGCUGGCAGCUCUCACACAAGAAGAGGGUGCACAGGAGGCAGAUGGAGAAGAGGCAAACGAGAGACUCUCAGAGAUCAUGAGUGAAUCUAACCCAGCAGCUGAAAAUGGGCUUAACAACCACAACAUCUCACCCAAAUCAUCUGUGGCCAGUCAGCAAAGUCCAUCAGCAGAUGGGGUUAAAAAUGCUGUGAAGUCUGAGGAUAUUGUUCAAAGUGUUUUAACAGAAGUGGAAGCUUUGACCCUUGAGCAGUUGAAACAGCAGAAGUGUUACAUCAGAGAACAGAAGAAACUUUAUAAAGACCUAAAGGAUCUGAUGAAGAAACACAGCAGGAAAACUACAGAUAUGAUCAAAGAUCACGAGAGCAGACAGAAGAAGCUGCAGAGAGAAUUCCUGCGACGACGAUCCGCAUCUCAGCAAGCUGCUAGAAAAGACGGGAAAAACAGGUCUGGUUCAUCUUCUCUGGACCAGCAGUUAUCAGCUCUAGAUCAGGAGAAUACUCAUAAACUCACAGAAUUGAAGGAGAUGCAGGAACAGGAGCUUCUGACACUCAGACAAGAGCAAUAUUACAGUGAAAAAUACCUCAAACGAGAACACGUCAGACUGCUGGUGGAGAAACUGAUGGCUGUAGCAGAUGAGAGUCACAACAUCCAGCUGAAGAAAUUGAAAGAUCUGUGUGAAAAAGAAAAUAAAGAGUUAAAGAAAAAGAUGAAUGAGAAACGACAAGAGACGCUUCAUGAGAAAUCUCUACUCACUGCUGAAGAAAAGGUGGAAAUGAGACGAUCUCAUGUGAAUGAAGUAGUUCAGUCCAUCAGACGGCUGGAAGACGCACAAACCAAAAGACUAGAGCGACUUCAGGAAAGCCAUAAAGAUAUUAAACAACAGAUCCUGGAUGAGAAGCCAAAGCUUUACAGCGAGCUGGAGAAGGAAUAUCAAGACAAGUUUCUGAGACUUCCGAUGGAAAUCCAAGAAUUCCUGCAAGAUUCUGCUGCCUGUAAAGGCAAGUCAAAUAAAGACAGUGACUGGAAUUAUCUUCCCAUUCCCAGAAUGACAGAAAACCUAAGCCGUGUGGCUGUGACGGGCGAUUACGCAGAGGAGAAAGGCUUGGAGACCUCACUUUGAGUAUGAAGUUUGUAACUAGAAUUUGUAUUUUUUUAUGCUUUUAGAUUAUCAAGACACUGAUGUGCACCUUUAAAGGGGCUGUAGGUUUUUGACUGUACUAAAUAAUAAACAUCUAUAAUAUAUUCAUAGAUAUUUAGAAAAACAUGUUCACGUAUUUCUGAAAAGCAAUGCCAGUUGUUCUCUUUUUAAAAUGCGUUAGGGUUAACCAACGGUGUAUUUCACAGAGCGAGUUUUUCAUUUGCAGAAAACAAUGAACAUUGCAAACGUAAAAAUGAGCAGAUGAUGUAUCGUACGAUAUGUAAAUGUUUUGUAAAAGAUGUUUUGUUUCACUGCAUGAAGACAAAUACUCUUUACUUAGUCUCUGAUGUAAAACCAGUUCUGAAGGAAUUUCUCAUCUCAUGACAAAGUUGAUACAAAAGACAAAGAGCAAAUAGAUGAUGUGAGAUGAUGAUGUGUGUCAAUAUUUGUAACUAUAAGCAAUUCAUUGGUAGUUUGAAUAGUGCAAAUAGUGUAAGAACGCUGGCAAAACAUUCAUCUGUUCAAUUGAACUCCUUGACAUGUCGUCCUCUGCCUUAACCAAUGGCAUGAGUUUGGGGUGGGGCCACCUGUUUUGACGUGUGUUCAGAACAUCAUCCAUUUUACAUUUGACAGUUUGUUGUUGCACAAACUAGACUUUACAGUUUAAAGUUGCACACUGAAAAAGCUGUGUUGUUGUUUUGUUUAUUUCUUAACACCAUUCCAGCGCCAAGGGCUAUAGACGCUUUUAGCAGUAACAACAUAAACAAACAGCUUUUGUGGACUAAACGUAACUUCCGGUAGACUUCCAGACAGAAUCAAUAACAACAGUCCUUUUACCGUAGUUUAUUUCUGAUAACAAAGUAAAUAAAUGUCAUGUCAAUUACUUUCAUAUAUUUAAUGUGUACACUGAGCUAACGUUAUUUUGUAAAAUGAAUGUAUACAAUGUUAGCUACAGGUCCUUGAAUUCUUGCCUGGCUGCCAAACCUUUCCGCACACUUGUGAUCCAUGCUCGUUGUCUUCCCUCGUAUUUAGCAAAACCAAAACGUUUUUUUUCCACAAGGUAUUUGUUUCAGAGAUCAGUUUAGCCACUGACCAGAUAGAUAAAUAAAUACAGACCGAAGUCAUGUAACAUAUGAGUUAACCCAUACACAAGUUGGGGAAGGAUAAUCUGGCAUCUGCAAUUCACAGAACCUGCAUGUUGUAGGAAAGCGAAGUGCCCGCCCCUGACUGUUGUUUUAAAUCUACCUAGAAAAAAUAACAAGGCAGCAUUUUUAAGUGUGCAUCUCAGACAAAGACAUAAUGUGUCUUUAAAGAAGUGGAUUACUAUGUGUGUUUAUGAUGCAUCAUGUAGGAUUGGAUGUUAAGUAGGGUUAGGAUGGUGUCUUCCCUGUAAUAACCUGGUGUCAUGUUACAUAUUACUAAGAGUGCUCUGUAACAUGUUUACCUUGUUUAUCGUUACAACAAACACCACAAAUUCAUCACUGUGUAAAACUGUUGAUCUUAUAUACAGUAAGGGUAAGAUCUGUGAUUUUUUUCUUCAGGAAAAUGUGACAUUUUUUAUUCAUUUAUUUUUUUGCUUCUUGGACCUGAUGCAGAUGCUGUGAAUAAUCUUAAGAAAAAUACAAAUAAAAUCUGCUUCAAGUUUCAAAAAUAAAUGUUACUCCUGUCCUCAAAUAUGCCACCUGGUUUUUCAGGCAAAAUACACUUUUUGUUUUCUAUUAAGUUUGCUUUGUAGUGUACAGUAUGUUUGUACAAUAUGUUUAGUGUCAAGUUGCUAGUUUUAGUUUUUGAAGGUUAGUGAACUUGUUUGAAAUAAAUAUUGACCCUAAAAAAGAAUUCAUUAUAACAGAUAUCAUCUAAUGCUCAAAGUUUUUAUCUCUAUAUGUGAACCAUAGUUAAAUUCCCAUUAGCAGUAAAUGAUAGAGCUAUAUUUUUUGCACAAUGAUAUAAUUUAAAUUUAAACAUUGACUAAAAGGGAAACGAAACAGCCUUCAAUGAACUUCACCCAUACCAGCAGAGAAUGUGUAGUAUCUGUGAUAAUGUGAAACACGCGUGAGCCGGUGUUUCCUAUCCUCUUUCUGGAAACCAAUAUAGUCCCCAAUAUAUCUGUGAUGUGAUGUAUAGAUGCUCAGUGCCUGUUACCAGCAUGCUGAUCUUCUAGGAAUUACAUGAGAGAUUUACACAGACCUUUAAUGAACACAAUGAUAAGAUUAUUGUUCAAAGCAAAUUAUUCACAUACAUUAAGCGUCUAGAGAUCUAAAUGCUGCAUGUAUGCUACAGGGGCUUUUUUCUCAGGAGUCCCAUCACCUGUGCUGUAAGACUCUGAUGUAAUAAACUCUCAAAAUAA